ACUUUCAAUGCUACAUUGCCAACAAAGACGCGAGCCAAAGCGAACAAUUCUCUCGCGCGUUUUUCUUCGCCUGUUUGCUUACCCAGAAAGUGAAAAAGAAAAUGCAAGAAAAUAAUAAUAGUAAUUCUGGUAGUAAGGAUUCUGCUAUCAAGCUCUUUGGAAAGAAAAUACCUUUGAAGUCGGAUUCUGAUCCUCCGGCUAUCUCCUGCGAUGAGUUGCCUUCUUGGGAGAGAGUAGAAGAAGGCGAAGCAGAGAAAACAGAGAAGGAUUCUUCAGCAGGAAAUGUUAAAGAAACUUCACAAGAAGAUGAUACAGAAGAGUCUUCUGAUCAAGAAACGAAUGAGAACCCAAAAACACCCUCAAUCAGUGAAGAAUCUGCAAAAUCAAAGAUUUCCGAAACAGAAAAAGAACAAAAUGAUCCAGCAAACACAACAACACAAGAAAAAGCCCUCAAGAAGCCUGACAAAAUACUUCCUUGCCCGCGGUGUAAUAGCAUGGAUACUAAAUUUUGUUACUACAACAACUACAAUGUCAAUCAACCACGCCAUUUCUGCAAAGCCUGUCAGAGAUACUGGACUGCUGGUGGUACUAUGAGGAAUGUUCCUGUUGGAGCUGGACGACGCAAGAAUAAGCACUCUGCGUCUCAUUAUCGUCAUAUAACUAUUUCAGAGGCCCUCCAAGCUGCUCGUAUUGAAGCUCCUAAUGGAACACAUAAUCCUGCCUUGAAAACUAAUGGUAGAGUCCUUAGUUUUGGGUUGGAUACACCAAUAUGUGAUUCUAUGGCUUCUGUGUUGAAUCUUGCUGAUCAGAAUGUUUUGAAUGGUGCGACUCGAAAUGGUUUUCAUAACUUGGAAGGACAAAAGAAGAUUUUAGGUUCUUGUAAAGGUAGAGAAAAUGGUGAUGAUUGUUCUAGUGCCUCUUCUGUUACAGUUUCAAAUUCAGUGGAAGAAGGAGGCAAGAUUUGUCAACAAGAACAUAUUAUGCAAAACGUUAAUGGGUUUGCUUCUCCAAUUCAAUGCCUGCCUGGUGUUCCAUGGCCUUAUCCAUGGAAUUCUGCAUUGCCUCCACCUGUUUUUUGCCCUCCAGGAUAUCCUAUGUCAUUUUAUCCUCCCUUUGGGAAUUAUGGUUGGAAUAUCCCGUUAUUGUCUCCUCAAUCUUCUUCUUCUUCAACAAAUCAGAAGGCUCAAUCAAGUCCUAAUUCGCCUACACUCGGAAAACACUCGAGGGACGGGGACGCACUUAAACAAGAUGAUUUGGAGAAAGAGGAAUCACCAAAGCGUAAAAAUGGAUGUGUUCUAGUUCCUAAAACUCUAAGAAUUGAUGACCCAACUGAAGCUGCAAAAAGUUCUAUUUGGGCAACACUUGGAAUCAAGAAUGAAACAUACAGUAGUGGAGGCUUGUUUAAGUCCUUCCAGUCGAAGAAUAAUGAAAAGAACCAUGUUAAUAAAACCUCCCCAGUAUUGCAUGCAAACCCUGCUGCCUUGUCUCGAUCCAUCAACUUCCAUGAGAGCUCUUGAAGUGGAUCAUUUUAAUCGCUAGCCUUGUCGCAAACAGAGUAGGCUAACUGACUGAAAUGAAGGAGAGGAGUGGAUAAAUUUCGGGUUUCGGAGGACGUAGGGAAGAUUAUAGGGUGACUAAUUUUGUUCUUGUAACAGUACAAACAGAUGCCUCUUGUUUUACUUGGUUUGCUGAGUUGUUGUUCAUGUAAAUAUGGUUAUAUAUGUGAUAGUUGGAGAUAAAUAGUAGAUGUAGCAAAAAUCUCUACAAGUACUGCAACUAAAGUUUUUUCCUGAUGUAACAA